AUGGCGACAAUUUCAUCAUCGUCUAUUGAACGGCAAGAACUUGCUGCAAACGAGAAGAUAAGUAAUACCCCCGAUGCAGAAGAAAGCAAUGAAUUGGAUUGCGUAGUAUCGCAGCCUAAUGAGAAAGAUUUGGAGCAGAUUGAAAAAUACAAAGUCAUUAGCUCUCUAGAUGCCGACGUGACUCUUGCAUUUUUAGAGGAUAAUGAUCAUUUGGUUUCACCGAUUACGCCAGCUCAAGAGCGAAAAUUGUCCAGGAAAGUGAUGUGGACUAUUGUCCCUUUGACUGCUUUAAUCAAUCUAAUAUUGUAUUCCGACAAAGCUGUUAUGUCUUAUGCCUCCAUUUUCGAGUUCUGGGAUGAUACUGGUUUGACACAGAACAAGUAUAAUAACGCCAAUACUUUGUUUUACUUCGGGUAUAUUGUGGGUCAAGGUAAUCUAUAUUUCGUGCAAAAGCUUCCAAUUGGAAGAGUGAUGACUGCCAUGGCUGGACUGUGGUGUGCUAUAAUAUUCCUUCAUUGUACGGCUUUUAACUACGAGGGGGUGUAUGCGUUGAGGUUUUUUUUGGGUUUCGUGGAAUCUAUUGCAAUUCCUGUACUCAAUACUACUAUGGGUCAGUUUUUGACUGCUGAGGAAAAAGCUGCCACAGCUCCUAUCUUUUACUCCACAUGUUUAGGAGUCACUAUUCCUGUUGGUUUCAUCGCAUACGGUGUCUUGCAUAUUAAUAACCCACCCAUCCCUCUAUGGAAGAUUUUCACUAUUAUCAUAGGUGGUUGUACAUUCUUGAUGACUGUGUUAGUGGCUCUUUUGUAUCCAAACAAUCCUACGGAUGCCAAGUUUUUAUCUACGGAGGAAAAAGUUUGGGUCAUCAGAAGAGUGCAGAAGACUACUGGCUCUUCUAUUGAGCAAAAGGUUUUCAAGAGAUACCAAGUAAAAGAGGCACUUUUGGAUCCAAUUACUUGGCUUUUUGGAGCUUUCUUCCUUCUUCAGCAAUUAGCCAAUAACUUGCCCUACCAACAAAACUUAUUGUUUGAGGGUAUUGGUGAAAUUACAAACUUGGAUUCCACUUUGGUGUCUGUAGCUUCUGGUGGAUUUGCUGCUGUUUGUGCUGUUAUUGCUACGGUUUUCCUUAUGUACAAGAAGAAUUACACCGCUUUUUCCGUUGUCUUUUGGACUGUUCCUUGUUUCGCAGCGUCCAUUGCAGUCGUCGCUAUUCCUUGGGAUAAGAAGAUAGCCUUGCUUGCUAUGCUUUGUUUAGCGUCACCUCUAUUUGGUAUUCCAUGGAUCUUAAUGUUCAGUUGGAACACCACUAGUUGUUCCGGGUAUACAAAGAAACUGACUAGAAAUGCUGUUGUGAUGUUUUGGUAUGGUAUUGCCAAUAUUAUCUCACCCCAGUUAUGGCAAGAAAAGAACAGCCCUCGAUACACUCCUGCCUGGAUAGUACAAAUAGUUCUAUCAUUCUUUAUGGCUCCUUUAAUUGCUCUAGUGAUAUGGUACUUGUUAAGACGCAGAAAUCAGACCAGGCUAUCGGAAAUAGACUCGGUGAACGAUCAUAUUGGGUUUGUGGAGGAAAACGGUGAAAAGGUGAAAGUUGAUGUUGCUCUACUGGAUUUGACUGACUUAGAAAACAAGACAUUUAUAUAUCCUCUUUAG